CAGUCUUUACUUAUCUUAACCAUUAACUCCAUUGCUGUGGCGCGCGCUUUUCCUGACCCACAGCCCGCAUGUCAUUAGGCUCAUGUCAUUCUCCGCCAGGGGAAGUUUGGGAGUGUGAAAGACCGCCCCAUUAUCUGCCGCCGCUGCAUCCAACUCUCUUCUUCCACACUUGCUUUUUCAUUCACGCACACUUUUCCCACCGGGAUGGAGCGGCAUCAGCCGGCGCGCGCGGCCAGCGGGGAAAUCUCCCGCUUCCAGGCGGCACACAUGGCUGCUAAAUUCUGGCGAACCUUGUCGGCGUCCGUCUGGAUCCUUACGCUCGCUUCCAGCUCGAGGACGAGGAUUUAUCCCCCCAACGAAGUGACCCUGCUGGACACCAGAACAGUACCAGGAGAGCUGAAAUGGGCUGCUCGCCCUUCAGAGGGAGGAUGGGAGGAAGUCAGCAUAAUGGAUGAGAAGAACAUCCCCAUCAGGACGUACCAGGUGUGCAACGUCUUAGGACCCAACCAGAACAACUGGCUGAGGACAGACUGGAUCCCUCGAUCCGGCGCUCAGCGGGUCUACGUGGAAGUCAAGUUCACUCUGAGGGACUGCAACAGCCUGCCAGGAGUCACCGGCACCUGCAAGGAGACAUUCAAUCUGUACUACCACGAGUCAAACGAAGACAGAGAGAGCUACAUCAAAGAGAGCAGCUUCAUUAAGGUGGACACAGUGGCAGCAGAUGAGAGCUUCACCCAGGUGGAUGUUGGAGACCGUAUCAUGAAACUCAACACGGAGGUGCGAGAUGUGAAAGUGACAAACCGAAAAGGUUUCUACCUGGCCUUUCAGGACGUCGGCGCCUGCAUCGCUUUGGUUUCCGUGCGAGUUUUCUACAAAACAUGUCCGCUCACGAUUCGGAAUUUGGCGACUUUUCCCGACACUGUCACCGGUGCUGACACGUCUUCCCUAGUGGAGGUCAGAGGGUCAUGUGUCAACCAAUCAGAAGAAAGGGAGGAGCCUAAAAUGUACUGCGGAGCUGAUGGAGAGUGGUUGGUUCCGAUUGGUGGAUGUCUGUGCAAUCCAGGAUACGAGGAGAAGGGCGGUUCAUGUCAGGCCUGUUCAGCCGGUUUCUACAAAGCCAAAUCCUCGGACGCGGGCUGCUCCAAGUGCCCCCCCCACAGCCACUCGCUGCGAGACGGGGCUCAUGUGUGCGGCUGCCACUCAGGAUUCUUCCGUGCAGAUGCUGACCCCCCCUCCAUGGCGUGCACCCAGCCGCCGUCAGCUCCACAGCAGCUAAUUUCUGUGGUAAACGAGACUUCGGUGGUCUUGGAGUGGACCCCCCCUCGCCGCCUCGGAGGACGGAGCGACAUCGGUUACAACGUAGAGUGUCUCAUCUGUCAGACUGGACAGUCUGAGCGUCGGACCGUUGGGAGGAACCGCACGGCCCCCCAGCCGGUGGCUCAGCAGCACGGCGUGGGGAUGCAGUCAGACCAGGGGAUCGUUGGGCCUGAGGUCCAGCCGGGCCGUGGGGUCUACCAGAGGCCUGGCUCCACCUCCAUCUCCAGCUGUCAGCCCUGCAGCCCGGAUGUGCUCUUCUCUCCCAGCCAGACCGACCUGCUGACCACCAAGGUGGUGGUGAGCGAGCUGAGGGCCCACACUCACUACACCUUCAUCGUCUACGCACGCAACGGGGUCUCCCAGGCCAGUGGAUCAGGGGCUGCGUCGAGUGCAUCUGUCAGCGUCACAACAAACCAAGCUGCUCCCUCUCCGGUGUCAUCCAUCCAAGUCACUGAUGUCACAAGACACAGUUUGUCGUUGUUAUGGCAACAGCCGGAUCGACCCAACGGGGUCAUCCUUGAAUACGAGGUCAAAUUCUACGAAAAGGAUCAGAGGGAGAGGUCGUAUCGCAUAAUCAGGACCUUCUUACAGAGCGUCGAUGUCACGGGGCUCAAACCCCUCACUGUUUAUGUAUUCCAUGUGCGUGCACGCACAGCUGCCGGAUACGGAGAGUACAGCUCUCCCUUUGAGUUCUCCACCAAUUCAGAUCCCUUUCCUCUGAUUGGAGAAGGAGUGAACUCCGCCUUCCUGCUGCUGUCUAUCAGUGGAGUUGGACUUUUGGUGCUGAUAUCUGCUGUUGUGUUUUUCAUAAGCCGCAGGAGGAGCAAAUACAGCAAAACAAAGCAGGACUCUGAGGAGGAGAAGCAUCUGAAUCCAGGAGUUAAAAUCUACGUGGACCCGUUUACCUACGAAGACCCGGAUCAGGCCGUUCACGAGUUCGCCAAAGAGAUCGACGUUAGCAGCAUUCACAUUGAGAAGGUUAUUGGAAUGGGAGAGUUUGGGGAGGUGUGCAGCGGUCGGCUGCGUGUGCAGGGGAAGAGGGAGACCUACGUGGCCAUCAAGAGCUUAAAGGCAGGGUACUCGGACAAACAGAGACGGGACUUCAUGUCGGAGGCCUCCAUCAUGGGGCAGUUUGAUCACCCCAACAUCAUCAGGCUGGAGGGGGUUGUUACGAGAUGCAAGCCGUUGAUGAUCAUCACAGAAUACAUGGAAAACGGAUCCCUGGACGCAUUUCUCAGAAAACACGACGGCCAGUUCACGGUGAUCCAGCUGAUCGGCAUGCUGCGCGGCAUCGCCUCAGGUAUGAAGUACCUGUCAGACAUGAACUACGUCCACAGAGACCUGGCAGCUCGGAACAUCCUGGUGAACAGCAACCUGGUGUGCAAAGUGUCUGAUUUUGGUUUAAGUCGAGUUCUGGAGGACGACCCUGAGGCGGCGUACACUACAAGAGAGGCCACGGGGUCUUACCUAUCCCCCGGAGGGAAGAUUCCCAUCAGAUGGACGGCUCCUGAAGCGAUCGCGUACAGAAAGUUUACCACAGCCAGCGAUGUGUGGAGUUAUGGUAUUGUCAUGUGGGAGGUGGUUUCAUAUGGAGAGAGGCCGUACUGGGACAUGAACAACCAGGAUGUGAUCAAAGCGAUAGAGGAGGGUUACCGCCUGCCGGCUCCCAUGGACUGUCCGGUGGUGCUGCACCAGCUCAUGCUGGAUUGCUGGGAGAGAGAACGAGCAGAGAGACCCACCUUCAGCCAGAUACUCAACAUGCUGGAUAAACUCAUCCGCAAUCCCGGGACGCUGCGUCGCACGGGAGGGGACAGAUCUCCAGGCACACUAUUAGAGUCUGGAGUGGGUUCAGAAGUGUGUGUGUCUGUCAUUCCUGAAGUGUGUUUGCCACAGUGGACUUUGUGUGAGUGGCUGCAGUCCAUUGGGUUGGAUCGGUACCGGGACAGCCUCGCGGCAGCAGGUUACACCAGCCUGGACAGCCUCCUGGCCCUCACACACCAGGAAAUGGACAGACUCGGAAUAAUCACACCGUCACAUCAGGACAUACUUAUUGCCAGCGUGCAGCAAGAGAUGCUGUCUCGAAUGCAGCACAUGCAACUCUCCAUGGUCCCAGUCUGAGCUGGUGGACGGACUCGGAGCUGUUUUUCAUUUACCUCAUCUGUGCACUUUAGAGGGAUUUCUCACUGGUGGAAAAAGACAAAUAGAGGAGCAAAAUAAAACAAGAAGCGCGGACAACAACAACAAAAAGCAGCACUUUUUGUAUGUGGCGUUUGCGAUGGACAAUGAUCUGGACAUGGCCGCAGAAGGCAUGGACCUCCUGGACACACUUCUGUCCGGCUCUGAUUUUUCCAUUUUUCUUUUAUAAUUUUGGCAAAAUCUGACAUGUGCAUGAGUAGAACGGCUUCUGUGAUUCUCUUUUGCUGCUUUGUACUUGAACAAAAUGUGUUUUUUGUUUGCUGUGGGAGGACAUUGUGUAGCGGGAAUGCAUUCAACAUGGACUCUCCCUGUUAAGAUGUCAGCAUAAUCUAAAGUAAUCCUAUUAUGCAAAGAGAAAGAGAAAGCGGGAGUAUGGGAAUGUAUCAUUACAAGCUCUUAGUUUCAUACUGAAUGAUUGUGCUAACAAACUCAUUUUUUUUUUUUUAAUUAGACAUUGUUUUAGAUUUAAAUGUGUCUGUACAUACGUCUCAUGACAAUUAGCUAAAUGAAGCAUUUUUUUGUUUAUUUAUGGUCCAUUUUUUUAUCUAGUUUGUACAUUGUAAAAUAGUAAAAAUGAUGAGGAAAUGUUGUAACGAGUGCCAUAUUGCAUUGCAAUAAAUGCCAAACCCAUCCAUGCA